AGCGGGACGCGGGACGCUACCUGUGAGCGGCAUGUCUUUCAGGACUUUCAUUGAGCUGUGGGCCAAGACACAAGAGGACCUUAUCACCAUCCUAGAAAAGGACCAUGGUCUUCAGGGAACCUAUCAUCCAGAACAACGUAGUGAAGUGAGUUCACGUGUACGGCGGAUGUACAUUCAGUACCUGAGUGUGGCACGACGUCUGGACAUCUGUCAUGAUCUACUAUUGCACCCCCAACGCCGCCAGCUGCUGCGACAUCUGCUCAACAGCACCCUUGGGAGGGUUGUAGAACUCAAGCAUGAGUUGGUGGGACUGGAGUUAAUCGACACAGUGCACUCUGAUGAUGUAAUGGUGGAGCUGAACCUGUCCCCAGAGGACCUCCUAGUGCCUGUUCCAACUUAUGUCAGGAGAGACCGCCUUCCUGUUAUUCUAGAGAGGAAUGCCCUGAUUGACGACUGUCUGCGGAGGGCGGGCUUAGAGGCCGUAUCUGAGGAUGAAGUGCUGCCUCUUAGUGUGCCAGAGGCCAUCUUACUGCUUCAGCGACAUGAGCGGGCCAAGCAAGGCAGGGGCAGGGCUGACCAUCGCAGAGAUAUGCUCGCCAGGCAGGAACGUGAGCGUGGGAGAGGUCGGCAGCAGCUGUCAGUGGAGGCAGCAGUGGUGCGGCUACAGUCAGUGACCAGAGGUAUGCUGGCCAGACGACGUGUGCGGCAGAUGCGCUUCACAGAGGAACUGUUUUUGGGGCUGAGGCCUGAUCCCACUCUAGACCGCAGUUGGGGGAAAAAAUUACGCAAAGUGGAAGAAGCAAGGUACACAGUGCAAGAGGAAAGACAAAAGGAACUUGAAGAGACAGAGAAGCGCAUCCAAACCAGGAUCAUGUAUGAAGAAGGGACCCACCUCCUCACUUCCAUGGAAGAUAAAAUCAGGGAGUGGGUGUUUCAAAAGAAAAAUGAAACUGGCAAAUUCCCUGAUUUGCCAGAAGAGGAAGAGGGAGGAUCUUCAGCCAUUGUGGGUCUAGUGCCACCAGAUGAGGAUGCCACCAGUGAGGAUGCACGGUCCCUUGCAGAGAAGAAGAGUGAGCGGGAGAGGGUGAGAGAGCAAGCUAAGCAGAAGAAGAAGAAAGAAGAGGAAGAACGUUCCAUCUGUUUGCGUCCCUCUAGCUAUGUGGCAGCCAUGCAGGUGGCAUGUGAUCAGUACCAAGAUGUGUGGGCACUGAGGCAGCCUGAGGAGAACACUGAAGAGAGAGCUGAAGAGGACAUGAUUGAAGCAGAACAGCGGGCACGAGUGGAGAUAGAGAUACGGAAGCAAGUAGAUUACUUAAUGCGACAGGAAAUUCAGCAGCUGAAGGAGGAUGUAGAAGGGGAAAAAAGAGGUGCUAAGAAGAAGAAGAGGGUAAAAAAAGGUGGCAAGAAGGGAAGGAAAAGGAAGGAGAAAGAUCUUACUCCAGACAGAACAACUGAGUCACUUUUUGAGGAGCUAGUGCUAAAUGGUAUCAUCAAAAAGGUUCCUGAGGGGAAGCUGAAAGACUUAGUAGGAGAUGUCAACUUAGUUGGGACAGAAGUGUUGGCCAAAACCAGUUAUCCACAGCCAGCCCUUGGGGACAUAAAAAAUGCUCUUACUGAGUACAUCAUCUUGCCUCUUGGUGUGGAUGGUGUGCAUGAAGGAACCUCACUGGUAAAGAGUGUGCUGUUAGUUGGGCCACGUGGAUGUGGCAAAAGUCAGUUGGUGCAGGCAGUGGCUUACGAGGCUGGAGCCACACUCAUGGAUCUGACAGCCACCAAUAUAGUAGGUCGCUAUCCAGGCAGGGCUGGCCUUAAUAUGCUCACUCACCUUGUAAUGAAGGUGGGGCGUUUGUUGCAGCCCACUCUGGUAAUGGUGGAUUGUGCUGACAAAAUGUUCAUGAAAAAGAUACCUAAGACGGACAAAUCAGACCCACGACGCCUUAAGAAGGAAAUGCCUAGAAUGUUAAAAAGCAUAGGCCCUGAGGACAGGAUGGUGUUUGUUGGCAUCACUAAUGCUCCUUGGAACUGUGAUGUUAAGUCCCUGUCAUCAGUAUACCAAAAGAUUUUGAUGGUACCACGGCCAAGCUUUAGUGCCAGAGCCCAGCUGUUGCGACAUCUCAUCACUCUUCAUGGAGCUAAGAUAACACAUAAAAUGGACAUCAGUGGUCUAGCUCGCAUCACUGAUGGAUAUUCAUCUGGACAUAUAUGUAGUGUGGUCAGCCAGCUGUGCCUCCUGGAAUGUGGAUUGCAAUUCUUUCCAAGCAAGUUGAAGUUGUUUGGCAGUUGCAGUACUCCCUUCCCUGUCGAUGGGUGAAACAGAGUGGCAAUCUCACAUUUGCUAGUCAUUACAGGAGACCAGUAGCACCCUUAAAUGCACAUGUGGAUCCCACACUAAACUACACUGGAGGUAGUUAAGGGAAACUGACCCAAGUUAGUGGCAGCUGUGAGAGAGGCAGAAUCUGUAGUGAUAACAGAGUUACCAUGAUACAUUCAAGGCUUGAAUGUGCAGCAGUGGUGUGGUUACCUCACAAGAAAAAGUGUAUGAGAAAAUUGGAAAGACUUUCUUUUUCCUGGCUUUCCUUUCAUCCAUAACUUUCAUGGCUUUUGUGUCUGACAGGAAGAAAUGUGGCAGUAGCAUGAUGCUAGUGGUGAAGGUGUACUACCUGAAAAACCAGAAAGUUUAACCACAUUCUCUGCAGCCUUCCUGGAUUUUUGCUCUUCCUGACCAGGGAGUCAUGUAUUAAGUACAAGUAAACGUCACUGAACAAAUAAUAUUCUAUAGAUUGCCAUGCGGUAAAAGGCCCCAACAUAUGAUACAAUGUCAUUAUUACAUGAAAUCUUGGCCAUGAUUUUUCCUAACACCAUUGCUCAUAUCUACUUUCUCCACAUCACUAUCAGCAUUUCACAUCAGAUGGAAAUAUUUUGCACAUACACAAAUGCAUGCACAUGCACACACACUGCACAACAGCUGUGACAGCCACCCUUAAAUUAUAUUAUAUGGAGGAAGAGAGGAAGCUGGACAUCACACGGUUACAUUUGGUUUCAUCAAGCUACCAGAUGAUGAUUAGGAAAACUGAACCUACC